ACCUCCCUCUGCUUUCCUCCCAUCUCUAUUUACCUGCCUCUUGCUGCCCGCUUCCUUCUCCUUGGCCUGCAUGAGCGAGGGUGCACCGCCUGGGCCUCCUGCUUUUCGCUGCCCAUCCGUGUCAGCCAGGCAGCCCCAUGUCGUGGAGGGGGAUGGGAGCAGAGGGGACUGUAGGCCUGCUGUCUCUUCUCAUUAGGGAAGGGAGACUGGCAAAGGGGGUGAUCAUAUCACAUGAUGGGGAGAGGGAUCCGUGGAGAGAGAGGCACAGACGAGGACAGAAGCCAAUGGAAGGAAGGUGACAGAAACAGAUGUAAGGACGGGAAAGAAACCCAGGAAUGGAGCCGAGGGAUGGGGGAAAGGGGGAGGCAGAAAGAUGCCGGAGGGACAGAGGAAGGCAGGCGGAAGGGAGCUGGUGGAGAAGACCCCAGGAUAAAGGCAAAAUGGCCUAAGCAGACAGACUUGGAGGUUCGAUGACAGGUAGGGAGCUCAGAAGAACUCCGUCAUGACUGGUGGAGAUGCUGUGACCCCGGGAGGCCAGGGCGCAGGUUCCUCAAGGCCAGCAGUGGUGGGGGGUGGGGUACAGGGAGCGGUGGACAUGGGAGCGACAGGGAGUUGGGGAUGCCAGCCAGCUCCCCCGCUCCUGCCUGGGACACUGUUAAAUUUUUAAUGUCCCUGAGCUACAGAGAAAUGAAGCAGGAGGGGGAGGAGAAGAGGAGACCCGGUGAGGUGGCUCAGGCAGAAAGAAGGGGUGUCAGAAGUGUGGAGAGACAUAGGGAGACCCAGGAAGCGGGGAGAUCACAACCUCAGAGACAGAGACCCUGAGAGAUGUGGACCAGAAAACCUCGAGAGAUCAGAGACCCGGGGAGGCACCACAGAGAGCUGCACCCCCCGGGGACUCGGACCCAGACCUGGAAACCCCGAGACCACAGAUGUCAGCAAUACAGAGGAGCCCAGGAUGGGCAAGUUCAAAUGCCACCCGAGGUGCGGGGCCUGCUGGGGGACACGGUGAAGCUGCCAUGCCACCUACUGUCACAAGGCCCUAAAGUCAACGUCUCGCAGGUGACGUGGCAGCGCCUGGACCCAUCCGGGAAAACCCAGAGCGUGGCCGCCUUCCAUCCGUCCCAUGGUCUCAGCUUCCCCAGCCCGCAGUUCAGCAGCGAGCGGCUGUCCUUCCUCACCAUGGGGCCGGGGCCCGGGGCCCGGCCCGGCCCAGAGAUGCAGGACGCCACGCUGGUCCUCCAGGGGCUGAGAGUGGAGGACGAGGGCAACUACUCCUGCGAGUUUGCUACCUUCCCCCAGGGCACCAGUCGCGGGGUGACCUGGCUUCGAGCCAUCGUCCAGCCCCACAACCAGGCGGAUGCUCAGGAGGUCACUGUCGGCUCCGAGCCGGUGCCCGUGGCCCGCUGUGUCUCCACUGGGGGCCGCCCGCCUGCCCGGAUCUCCUGGUUUUCGCCCCUGAACGGAGAGGCCAGGGAGAGCGAGGUGCGCGGGCCCGCGGUCGGCACAGUCACGGUCACCAGCCGCUACACCUUGGUGCCUUCGAGCCAAGCAGAUGGUGCCAAGGUCACCUGCAAAGUGGAGCACGAGGCCUUCAAGGAGCCAAACCUGCUGCCCGUGACCCUCUCUGUGCACUAUCCCCCCGAGGUCUCCAUCUCUGGCUAUGAUGACAACUGGUACCUCGGCCGCACUGAAGUCACCCUGAACUGUGACGUCCGCAGCAACCCAGAGCCCACAGAAUACGUCUGGAGCACGACGUCAGGUGACUUGCCAGCCUCAGCAAAAGGCCAGGGCCCCAAGCUGAUCGUCUACUCAGUGGACAGACUGGCCAACACCACCUUCGUCUGCACCGUCAGCAACGCCCUGGGCUCGGGCCGCGCCGAGCAGGUGGUCCUUGUCCGAGAGUCCCCCAACACGGCAGGUGCAGGGGCCACAGGCGGCAUCAUCGGGGGCAUCAUCGCUGCCAUCAUUGCUACCGCUGUGAUUGCCACAGCCAUCCUCAUCUGCCGGCAACAGCGGAAGGAACAGAGGUUGCAGGCGGCAGAGGAGGAGGAGGACCUGGAGGGGCCUCCCUCGUACAAGCCGCCCACGCCAAAGACAAAGCUGGAGGAGCCAGAGAUGCCCUCCCAGCUCUUCACUCUUGGGCCUUCGGAGCACAGCCCACUGAAGACCCCCUACUUCGAUGCUGGCAUCUCCAUCUCUGAGCAGAUAGGAACUCAGGAAAUGCCUCGGUACCAUGAGCUACCCACCUUGGAAGAGCGACCGGGGCCCCUGCUCCUGGGGGCCACGAGCCUGGGGUCCCCCCUCCUGGUGCCUCCAGGGCCGCCUGUUGCAAAGAGGAUUUCCUUGGAUCUAGAAGAUGAAGAUGAUGAGGAGGAAAACUACCUGGACAAGAUCAACCCCAUCUACGAUGCCCUGUCCUACUCUGGCACCUCUGAUUCCUACCAGGGCAAAGGCUUUGUCAUGUCCCGGGCCAUGUAUGUGUGAGCCACCAUGGCCCUGGCCUCUCACCUCUCUGAUCCCUCAACUUGCUGCCAGGGAUCUAGUGUCCCCUGACCUCUGACCCAGCCAGCCACACGCAUGUCAUCUGUGACUUCUACCUUGGUGGGUCCACUAUGACCUCUAACCCAUGAUCUCUGACCCAGAGAAAAUGGCCAUGACAGUGGAAACCUGGCAACCUUAUCUCAUGUGUUGGAAAGGGUAGGGUAUGUAUCUGCACAACCUCUGACCCAAGCACUCCUAAGAUGGCAACCUUAGUUCACACCUCUCAUAUCCCAAAAUCUCCAGUCUCCUCCCAAAUCCUUUCAAAGACCCCAGCCUCUGAUUUGUCCUCAGGCAUUAAACUCCCAACAGCUCUGCUAGGUUGGAUGUUAGGGGUAGGCACCCUGCUGCUCAGACCUGAGCCCUCCAGGCAGCAGAGCCCCACUCUGGCCCCCCACCUGUUCCCCAAAGAUGAGAAGGAAGGGAUUCCCCCUCUCCCUCCUGCAGGCAGGAGUCUCAGGGUCCAGGCCUUUCUUUGAGUCCCCGCUUCCCCAUUUCCUGAUUUCAGGAAUUUAGCUCCAGUCCAGGACUAAAAUGAGUGAGCAUCACACAGAGUGUGCCUUGCUAGCUCCAGCCUUGAGAGAAUUUCUUGUUACUUUGAAGACAACUAAAUCCUUUUACUGCUGCUCAGUGGGAUGGGACCCAAACAUCUCCCGGGGAGUGGGGGGUGCAGAUGGGGAUCUGAUAGUUUUGUAAUAUGAUAUUAUCUACAAAAUAUGAAUUUAUACAUUGA